AUGCAUCGCUCUCAGAUCAGACCACUCAAGACUCUGUCCCUGCGCUCACGCCCUCUAACAUGCCACUCCACAUCGUGGUCAUGCGACGGCGAGCUGGCCGUAGCAACAGACGACACCAUACACAUAUUCUUCCCCGAAUACCCAAGGCCGUCGCCACAGGGCGACGAGGAAGCCAGGGGUAACGCCAACACCGGACCCCCGUCUCAGGAUGUCGUCGCUGCCAAAGCAGCUGCCGCGGCAGCCCAGCAGCAGCACCAAUUCUCUCUGUCCAUCCACGUAGCCGGCAUCUUCUUACCCAACCCGUCCGUCAACGCGCGCCUCUGCGCUUCGGUAGGCGUAAAGCUACCGCCUCCCUCCUUCCCGGGGGAGGAAGGCAGCGACGCCGGCGGCACAUCAUACACGAGCACCAUGCCCCCUCCCUCCGAUGCGCGGCGUGUGACGGGCCGCGCAUCUUCUGUAUCUCAGGUCAUACGGGUGGAAUGGGCGCCCAACGGUCUUGGGGCUAACCUGAGACCCAUCCUGCUGGCUAUGACCACCAACGGCGAGCUGCUGGCCCUCGGGGCGCACGGCGACGACUCAUCCUCCUUUCAGACAGCCACCCGCAGCACGGGGACUCGCCUUUGGAGAAUCCUGUGGGGCCUCGGUGCGGGGAUGCCCAUACCUGCUGAGGACCACGAUGGAUCGUACAGGAUCAUGGAUGAGCGUGUUACCUCCUUUUCAUGGGCGCGGAGGGUGGCUCCCGGGAUGGGCCUGCUCGCUUAUGCUACUGAUGAGGGGAACGUGGUGGUCAUGGGGGUGCAGUACUUUGCUAGAGCAGGCGAUGCUGCCUGGCAAGUCCGGGAAUUAGCCAGGUUCGAUGGCCUAGGACCCCAUCGGCCCGCGGACUCCCUUGACCCGGACCACUUCUCAACGGCAUCGGCCUUUUCCCUGCAAUGGAGCCCCUGGGCCGUCUCGGACGGUUCAAGAACGGCCAGUCUCGCCUACGUGGCCGACAAUUACGUCGGGUUCAGGAGAGUCCGCAUCGAGGGUGAAUGGUCGCAGGGCCAGGACCCGGAUAUAAACGUUGACGCGUCAGACAACACGGGAAUCUGUCUAUACCUCUCUACUGAUGCCUUCGUGCAAUGGGAAGACAAGAUAUGGAACCGGGAUGACGGCUCGAGAAUCGCCCGCGGCGUCAUCGGCACACCCUUUGCCAUCGCGCCUUUCCAAGUAGACGUCCUUGGUCCCGGCCAACCGCCUAUCGUGGACCAUGCACCCUCACACUGCUCCACGGCAUACCCCGAUAGCAACACAGCCACAAACCCUAUAGCAGGGGUCAUAGUCCACAGACCUCCCCCGGGCACGACGUCACCAGGCCCCGUCCCGCUAUACACGGCCGUCCGGGCAUCCGCCACAGCCAUGGACCAAGACUGGUUCGAGACCAACGCCGUGCCGGACGAGGGUGACACAUCACCGCUGGCAGUGCCCUCGUGGGUAGGCCGGAUCCGCCAGUCCGUGCAGCGCACGACAGGUCGCGUCGACGCCCUCGACCUCGUCCCAGGUGCCGACUCCGACUCGGAAGACACAGACGAGGAGAUGGGCGAGGACGACGGUGAAAGGCACGGCCCCCCCGUACACCCCCACCGCUUCCGCAUCUGGGGCAUGUCCGCCUCCCCGGGCGGCGGAUCCACCGUCGUGCUCGUGUCAAAGUACAGCACACAGCUGCCCGCGCGCCAGGCCUUCAGCAAGCUCCUAUUCGGCACAGCCAGCAGUCUCGCGGGAUCGGCGGCGCCUCCCCUCCAGGAUGUCAUCAACGACGACCCUAGCCUCUCUACAGAGGCGAAGAUGUGGGAGUGGAUGUACGGCGCGGGGGGUCACGUCCCCGGUGCGACGGUGAUGUCGGACAUCGCACCCGUUCUGGAGGAGCAAACCGGCUCGAAUGUGCUGAGACAGAUAUUCGCCCCGUUGAAAGCCACGCUGUCGUGUGCGUUCUGCAAGGGCCAGCUGCAUAAUCUCGAGGGUGGCACCGAAGCUAGGUGCUCGAGAGGUCACGCGUUUGCUACCUGCUCCUCGUCGGGCCUUCCCAUCCUGGCACCAGGGGUAUCGCGCGUGUGUGCCGUGUGCCAACGUCGUCGUCUGAAGGAGUCGGAACUGCAGAGAUUGGCGGCGGAGCAUAUCGGGCCCGGUGUGACUAUGCCGCCUCCUACUGCGCAGCUGUGUGGGGGUUGCGGGGCCAAGUUUUUGUGA